UUAGCAAUAGCAUAUUUUAGCACAGCAUAUUAUAACCUAGUAUAGUAUGGCCACCACGCCGAAAAGAAUGUGCAUUGAGCUCACCCCAUCACCGACCUCCACUUCCUCAUCAUCCCCAGGCAGGAGAAAGGUCAAGAGGAUCUCUAUAGAGGGCAACAUUGCUGCAGGCAAAUCCACAUUUGUUAGUAUCCUUAAGAAAUGUAAUGACGAUUGGGACGUUGUUCCUGAACCUAUUGCAAGAUGGUGCAAUGUCCAAAGCUGCCAAAAUGAAUUUGAGGAGUUGACUACGUCUCAGAAGAGUGGUGGUAACCUCCUCCAGAUGAUGUAUGAAAAACCUGACCGUUGGUCCUUCACAUUUCAAUCCUAUGCUUGCCUGAGUCGCAUUAGGGCACAGUUAAAAGCUUUUGGAGGGAAGUUGAAAGAAGCUGAGAACCCUGUGCUCUUUUUCGAACGUUCUGUGUAUAGUGAUAGAUAUAUCUUUGCAUCAAAUUUAUUUGAAGCAGAGUGUAUGAAUGAAACUGAAUGGACUGUUUACCAGGACUGGCAUGAGUGGAUGAAUAAUCAGUUUGGAGCAGAUCUAGAAUUAGAUGGGAUCAUUUAUCUUCGAGCCAAUCCUGAGAAAUGUUUAAACCGGAUCUAUUCCCGUGGUAGGGAGGAAGAACAGGGAAUUCCCGUGGAAUAUCUAGAGAAACUUCACUACAAGCAUGAAUGUUGGCUUCACCACAGAAACAUGAGGAUGGAGUCUAAUUACUUACAAGAAAUUCCUAUCCUGACAUUGGACGUGAAUGAAGAUUUUAAAGAUGAUGAACACAAGCAAGUAAACUUAAUAGAAAAGGUUAAAGAAUUCUUGAGCACUUUAUAGCACAUUAAUGACAGACUGGUGUGUAGCAAUCUGGACCAUACACUUCCACUGGAAAAGAACGUGAUUUGGAUUUAGAAGACAGAACCUGUCUGACAAAAGUUGUUGUUGUUGUUUUUUUUUCUCUCUCUCAAACUACAGAUAGCUUUUUAAAUUACUUGAAUCCUCUGUGCAUAGACAAUUAUUUGUAGGAUAGACAAAGUAUGAAAAUGGGAAAAAUCUAAGCACCAGUUCUCAAUAAUAUGCCAUGCUAUGCCGUUAUGUUGUCAUUGCUGGUUACUGAUGCUGAAAUGGCUUAUUUUCUUUUUGAGGCAAGAACAGUUCUUUAAUCCACCACCAAGGAUAAGUUUUUCCCUGCAGCCUUAUCCUUCUGCGAUGACUGUGCAAAGUGAGGGCUUAGGCCAGCAUGGAGGGCUGGACCCUGCCUCCAUUGGAUGUCAGUCGCCAGCAUUCUAUUCAUGUUGAUGCCAAUUGUUAUGCACAGAUUUAACAUUAGCUAGCCUUGAACUCUCAAUGCAUUUGGCAACUUCAUCAGCUGUCUUGGUAUGUACAGCAUGCUGUAAUGCUGCACAUACAGACUCCUUGCACUAUGUACACUUCAACACGCCUAAGUGGUCAUGGUGCUUGGAGAAACACUUCAGCAAACUAUUCAGUUAUGAAAAAAGUCAGUUGUUUUUAUUUUAUUUUUUUUCCCCUUUACUCCGUUGCCUACGAAGAGUAUUUCUUUUCAAAUAAUUGUAACUGUUUUCCACGUGGGACAGUGUAACAUGAGUUGUGUACAAAAAAUUAAAUUAAAACAGAUGUGGUCAAUAUGACGUCCACCUAAUGUCCUCCCUUAUGCCUCUAGCCACAGGGGUUAUCUAGAAUGGA